CAAAAGAACAGCAAAUAGCACGGCGAACGAUAUGUUGCUCCAGAGAGAGAGAGUGAGAGAGAGCGAGAGAGAUAAUUUGGCAGCAUCUUCAUCUUCUGAUAGACCGUAACUGGGCUAAACUGGAAGGACUCACAUGGGGGUUGGGGUUUGGGAUGGAUGUCACAGAAUGUUAGCUGUAUUGCUGUUGCCACUUUAUCUAAAAUUAAUCUUUGAUUAGUGUUGAAUGAAUAACGUGUUUCUGCUUAAAAAUUAACAAUCUUACUGUAAACCCCAAAAGGUGCUAUCUUUCUCUUCAGGGGCAUUGUAAUCCUCCACAUUCUAAGCCCCUUUAUGGUGCCCAUGGCCUUAGUCUACUGGCAACCUAAAGAUGAUCAAUUAUGUAUUUAACUUAGAAUAUGGUCAUUGGACAAUAUGGAAUCAAAUAUGCAUUAUACCAAACAAUACUUUUCCUGUCACUGGUGGUGCCAUGAAGGAUGCGUGUUUUUGUACCUUUAGUAUGUAUCUUUUCUUUAGUGAAGUGCAUGUGGUGUACCUUGAAUUAGCUUUUAGAGUACAGUCUAAAAAUGACUGGUUUUAAAAUAACCCAAUUUGGGUCAAUUUUGAAAACCAGUGAAUGGAAGAAAUGGAGUAAAGCAGUGAGGGUGGGUUAGGAGGUUGACCCAACUUGUGGGUAAAAAUGACUACAUUACUGAGCUAUAGACAGACAUUCAAGAUUUUAUGGUUACAGUGUGUGCAUGGUGAAUUCCUUCUUUGUCCAUAUCAGCACAAACGAAUCUUCAGGCAGGGAUUUUUCUCUCCAAAAACACCUGAAAAGCAGCCUUACUUAACUAAAUCAUGAUAACUUUAUAUCAUAUCCACAUACAGUUUGAAAUCAUGAGCAACGGAUAUGAAAAGCAAGAUCUGAAGGAACCUGACUGCUAGCUGAUAAUCCAAGACAAUGUUACAGAGGAAACACAAGGUCAUAGAAGUAACAUGAAUAGGUAUGUAGCAGCCCAAAAUUUAUUUAAAGUACUCAUAACUGUAAAUAUAUUUUUUUAGCUAUUCUUUAAAAUGUCCUUACAUUUCUUAUUUAUUACAAGAAGCCAAUUUGUGCCAUUUUUUUUUAUCUGGCAUACUUCUUGUCAGCAGGCUAACACUGGCUAUUAGGCCAAACUAAACAUGUUCUUUCCUAUGCAGAAGCAGAAUGUUGAAAUGUUGAACUAGUUUAAGUACUGUAAGUUAAAUGUGAACAAAACGUACAUUUCUUGCAGUUACAGAUGAUUUCUUUUCUUUUCUUUUCUUUUUUUAUUAAAGACUUUUCCUUGUUGUCACUGCCUUCUGAGUUGCCCAUUAUAAAUUACUAAUUUUGGGUCACAUAGACCCAACAAGCUAAACCCAGGAACCCAGAGGUGUACAAAAAUUAAGCCACCAGUUUUUGACUGUAGUGGUCCUUGAGGUCCAAUUAUGCACCUUUAAUGACCUUUUUUUAUUAUUAUUAUUUUUAAAAAAUUUUUUUAAAAUAAAGUUUCCAUGAUAAAGGCACAGGACAUGAUGGCAUCAGCCGAGCAACAAGGAAAAGUUUGGUAUGUAAGUGUAGAGGUUCAUAAUAUCACAAAUGAUGCAAUUUAAAGGUCUAAACUGGCAAUCGAGGGCAAAACCGUAACUUAAAACAUUACAAGUUGGGCUACAAUAUGAGGAAUUCACUUCCGACAACAGUGUGACGCGUUCCCUAUUUGGGCGGCUCGUGCGUGUGGCGCCGAAUAGAUUCUUUUGAAAUCGUCAAAGCCACGCGCCCGGCUCGCGAAGCCAGUGCUGGGGGAGCCGUUGAGUGGAGGGCGGAGUUUUCUCGGUGGAGCGUGCAGCUCCCGGGGCGGGAGGCGGAGGGGGGUGUGGGGGGUGUAUGUGUCUGUGUGCAUGUUGAAAAGGGACCGCGUGUCGCCCGUCACUUUCACAUCGGUUGUUGAACAGGUGCCACCAACAUCCAACAAAAUUCCACUCGCGUUCCGGUUGAGCGAGCCACGCGAAAGGCACGAGAGCGGUGUAUAGACACUUUUGUUCUUCACUCUCGCGUCCCACGCAACUUUGUCGCUGCAUAAUUUUUUUUAUUAUUGUUUUCUUUUUCUUGUUGCUGUGGUUUCAUGUAUUUUACGGAAAUGGAGAUCACAAAGACACAAAUAAGUCCUUGCGCGUACCGUUUACAGAUUUCGGACAGCUUUGCUCCUCUACAGAAAGCGACAAGUCCGCGCAGCCCGGAGCGCGCGCUGCUGAAAAGGCAGGGUUGCAGCAGCCCGGAGCGCCUGAGGUGCACGCGCAGGCUGAGCUUCGGAGCUCUUGGGCUCGGGGUCGCUCAGCAGCAGCCAGUGGCUGUGGCUAGGCGAAACGAGCGAGAGAGGAACAGGGUGAAACAGGUCAACAUGGGCUUUCAGACUCUCCGCCAGCACGUGCCCAACGGCGCGGCCAACAAGAAGAUGAGCAAAGUGGAGACGCUGCGCUCGGCUGUGGAGUACAUCCGCGCGCUCCAGCGACUUUUGGACGAGCACGACGCCGUGUCCGCUGCGUUCCGGUGCGGAGUCCCGUCUCCCACGGUCUCGAGCGCGUGCUCUGCUGGUCCAGAGUCCCCCCGCUCCGCCUGCUCCUCUGACGAGAGCGGAUACGAGCAUCUAAACUCGGAAGACCAGGAGCUGCUGGACUUCGCCGCAUGGUUCAACGGGUUCUAGUCACAGGUGUGUUUGUUCCUGUGGUGGUGCUGAAAAGAACAGCGGUUUCGCCGAUGUUCACUUCCGGAGAGCGCGUUAAAUCAAAACGCGACACACGCGCGAGGAAAGUUCCGGGCGGCGCGCGCAACGCAAAAGUAACUUCCACUUGUGCUCUUUAGCCACGCGACCUCAAGCCCAAAAGCCCAGACAUCUCCCAGUGUGAUUACCAGAACAUCUGGAGAAUAUGCGUGGCAAAUAUUGAUCAUUACUCAGAGACUUUCAACCUCUAUUACAUAUAUAUUUUUGGCCAACUGAGUGCAGAGACCUGAGGGAAAAAUAAAUAAAGAAGGCGCACUGCUGCGUUGUAGCCAUUAAAAAAAAAUAAGACCACUUUUUUUUUGGUGCUGGUAGAACUGUACGUUUGUAAAUACUAAAUCUGCAUUUGUACAGGCAAAAAAGUGAAUUAUAAUAGAUAUUGCAUUCACAUUACACAAGCAGUGGGGGUUUCUUUCAUAUUUGAUUAAUGGCUUUUAUAUAAAAGUGUGCACUUGUGACUUUUUAUACAAACCUGUGUUGUUUUAUAUAGAGAAUGCUUAUUUUAUGUAAAAAUAAAGAUGCUAUUUAUUCAGAAACGUUGUGUUAUUGAU